UGUCAGAUUUGCCGUCAUGCCUUCCACAAAGGUGCUGAGCGCUGUAGUUGAGCCGUACAACGCUGUGCUCAGCUGCCACAACUCCCUGCAACGCUGCAGCGCCUCCUUCGCCGCCGACAACUCCUUCAUGUACGACCUCGCGUAUCACAGACUCGCCAUACGCCGCCCCACCUUCCGCCACAUCAACGCUAUCUUCAGCCAGACCAUCUCCGCUGUUACCGGGUCCCUGAGGUUCGAUGGAGCGCUGAGCAUGGGUUUGUCAGAGAUCUGCACCAACCUCGUGCCCUUCCCUCGUCUGCAGUUCAUCUCGACCAACUACGCGCCGCUCGUACCACCCCAACACGUUACCUUUAACAGGUUCACAACCAUGGACAUCACGCGUUCAGUCUUCCAGAGCGCCGACCCCAAGGAGGAACUUCUCCAGCAAGACGUUCCUGUUACUCCAUCCUCGACCAUGUCAUCGUUCUCUGCUCCUUCAUCCACCCAACUUUCAUUCUUCACUCCAUUGCCUCCCAUCCGUCGCUCCUCGUUUUCGGCACCAUCUAGCGCGCCUUCCACCUCUUCCUCCACUUCAUCCACUUCCCCCAUGUGGAGCGGUCCCCUCAGCCCAGGUGUACACAUGGCGUGCUGUCUCAUGUACAGAGGGCAGGUCAAGCCCUCGGAUGUCACAACUGCCAUCAAGAAAGUUAUUCAGAAGAGGGCAAUAAACUUCGUAUCAUGGACGCCCACGGGCUUCAAGGUUGGAGUAAACUACCAGCCUGUGACAACCCUGCCUGAGCUGGGGCUACCUCGGCUGCCUCGGUCGGUAUGCGUGUUGUCGAACACGACGUCUGCGCGGCACCAAUGGGAGAAGCUUGCGGCCGACUUCGAUAAGCUGUUCAGCAAGAAGGCUUUCUGCUUCUGGUACCUGGACGAGGGCAUGAGCCUUGAAGACUUGACGGAAGCCAGGGAAGACGUGGCCGUGAUGAUCAAGGAAUACAUGGACGUAGAGGAGAUGACAAGUAGGGAGGCCGCGAGGCGGAAAAUUGAGACAGAAUCGCUGGUGGAUAGCAAGACAGAAUCGCUGGUGAAUAGCAAGACGGAAUCGCUGGUGGAUGGCAAUGCCGGGGAUGCAAGAGUUGACGAUAAGAAAAGAAGGCGCAUGAAGAGACCGCGGUUACGGAACCAUUCAUUGCCGUAGUGUCGUGAAUUUAUGCUUUUUUUCGUGAUGUGAAGUUGGUUCGGGAUAGUCGAAGGAUUUAGAUGUAUGUUCUUGAACUCAAUUCUGUUUAUCAAGCAUUGGUCGGUUUCUAAGAAAUUGUAUCAUUGGUGAAUGUUGAAUGUGUGGUAAUUUAGUUACAUGUUGAUCUCAUUUUAUUCUGUUUGGCCAACUUGAUGUUUAGGUUUAAUUGUGAUGAAGCAUGCGGUCAGUGCUUAUGCUCUAACCCGUCAUUUGAUGAUGGUGUGACUAACGUGUGAUAAUCGUAUAAUGUGACUAACAUGUGAUAAUCGUAUUAUAUGACUAACAUGUGAUAAUCGUGUAAUGUGUUUAUCGUGUGAUAAUCGUAUAUUUUAAUUUGUACUCAUAAAGACAUUACUCCAGCUAGCAUGCAAUUGUUUAUUCAAAAGAAGCGUAUAAAUGUCAGUUUUUGCCGUCUUAACGAGUCAAUUCAGCGAUCACCUGCUUUAUUUUGAACUUUCUACUAUAUUGUGAGGUUUUCUUUUUAAUCGGGCUAUAACCAGCACAAUUAUUCAAUGUUCACAUGUGGCGUUCAAAUGUUCAAAAUCAAUUUAAAUUUAAAUUUACAUUAUAUUUUUAAAAAAUUAAUUGAAUUUGCUACACAUUCUCUACGCUUGAGAAGCCCAAACCUUGCGCCUACCCAAUUAGUUGCUAUCCAUUAGUAGCUUUCACGUAAUUUUUAUGUUACAACCUCAUCAACAAUUUUUGAAUUAACGCUGAUUAAUAACAAGGAAAAUUUAGUUAACUUAAUCCUUAACUUAUUAUGGAAUUAAGUUUCCUAUUAUUCCGUUGUUAUCCAUACUUGAUGAUCUCACUUUCCUCAUAUUAGAGAUCAAAGAACACAUCCGUAACUCAUACGUGUCACCUCAAUUCUUCAUCAGCCCUAACUGCACU